AUGGCCAUGCUAAAUCUUUUCAACUUGGCUUUCGCUUGGAUCGUGCUUCCAUUGAUCCUCCUGAUCACAAAGUACGCGGUUGCCAGCCGUCGACCCAAAAACUUCCCUCCCGGACCACCUGGGCUUCCUAUUAUUGGAAACCUACAUCAGUUACCCGUGCGAAAAGGGUUCUUAAAGCAACAUGAAUGGACCAAGGAAUAUGGAAGUAUCAUUGGGCUGAAACUAGGUCCUCUAAACGCCGUGGUGUUAAACAGUCAUCGCCAUGUCUCAGAGUUAGUCAAAGGCUUCAAGGCUCUGCUUUUCGAUAAACGAGGCGCCAUCUACUCCGGUCGACCUGAAAACUACGUCGGCCGGGAGCUCAUCUGCCCAAACGAAAUUCACAUUCUGCUAGCACAAUACGGUGCAGGCUGGAGGACUCUCCGCAAGUCCGUUCAAGGCUUGCUGAAUGUGGCUGCCGUCGAUGCGCUGCAUCCCAUACAAACAGCCGAAGCUACACAGACGAUGUGUCAAUUGCUGGACGACCCAGCUGGCUAUUACGACCAUAUCCGUCGCUAUUCCACUGCUGUCAUUCUUGCUUCUGUAUUUGGUCAACGAGGCGAGAGUUUCCAGUCACCCAAAGUGCAGGCUUUGUAUCACGCACAGGACAGAUUCACUGCAAUUCUUGAAACUGGGGCAACUCCGCCUGUGGAUGCAUUUCCCUUCUUGAAGGCCACCCCGGAGUUUCUUAGCCCUUGGAAGAAAGAGGCUAAUGGAAUAAGACAAGAGCAGAGUUCACUUUAUUUUAAGCUUCUAGAUGAGACCAGGGAUCGCAUUAGGAAGGGGAAUUCGACUUCUUGCUUUAUGGAGAAGCUUAUGGAUGACCAGGAGAAGAUCGGCUUUAGCGACGAGCAGGUGGCAUACCUAGGAGGCAUCUUGAUGGAAGCUGGAUCUGAUACCACAUCAUCGACUUUGCUUACGUUUGUGCUCGCCAUGACGCAGAACCCUGGGGUUCUGAGAAAGGCACAAGAAGAGGUAGACCGUAUCUGCAGCAGUGAAAAAUCGCCUACCUUUGAUGACAUUGGACAAUUGGAGUACUUAUCGGCGUGUAUGAACGAAACUCUGCGAUGGCGACCAAUCGCACCUGGCGGUAUUCCUCACAUGCUAAUCCAAGAUGACAACUACGGGGAAUACUUUCUGCCUAAGGGUACGAUCUUAUUUGCGAACACAUGGGCCAUCCACAUGGACGAAAGCGAAUACGAAGAACCUGAUAGAUUCUUACCGGAGCGCUUCCUCGGCAACAAAUUCGGAUCCAAGACUGAAGUCACUGAUAAGCACCGUCGAACGACUUACGGGUUUGGCGCAGGACGACGAGUCUGUCCUGGUCAAAAAUUGGCCGAGAACUCGCUGAUGCUUAAUAUUGCCAAGAUGGUUUGGCUAUUCGAUAUUAAAUCUACUUCUGCAGCUCCGCUGGACGUUAGUAUGAGCUCGGCCUUUUCUGAUGGAUUUAUUGUUGCACCUAAGAAAUUCCCUGUUGAGUUUGUUCCUCGUUCCGAUAAGCGGGUGCAGGUUAUUCGAGAUGAAUUCGAGAAAUCCGAGGAGUAUCUUGGAAGAUUUGGGAAGGAGACUUGA